UCCCGUUCCAGCUGUUGUGCAUUCCUGUGCGCUACACGGCCAGCCUCUCAGUGUGUAUGUGUAUGUAUGUAUAUUUUGUUUGUGGGUGAGGACGGCGCAUCAAGUCUCUCCUGAAGAACCGCGAGUGCUGUUGAACUUCUCGGUCCAGCGGUGGAAUGCGCCGGUGAUGCGUCCUGGACAAGGUUUCAGAGGAAAGUGACAGCAGUAGAACCGCUUGGAUUUUUUAUUAAAGAGAAAGUUUGGGGACUUUUGUGUUUGUGUUGGAAUCUUCUCUCGUCAUGACCGAGCUUCUCAGCACCGUUUCAACAACGGACCCAGAGACACUCUGUCAGCCAGAGUCAGACCAGAUGAGUCCAGACGAGCCACAGUCUCCCUUGGACCUGAUAGACACAGGGAAAUGCCUGAAGGUCCAAACAGCCACACCACAUCUGGUCAGCCUGGGUAGUGGGAGACUGAGUGUGGCUAUCACCCUACUGCCCCUUAAAGAAGGAGUGACCCGUAUCGGGCGUGAGGACGCAGCGGUACCCCAAGACAUCACCAUCCAGGGUGUAGGUAUCGAGGCGGAACACUGCAUCAUCAUCAACACAUCAGGGGUCAUCAUCCUCGACCCUUGUGGGAACCUCUGCUCCUUGGACGGCGUCCCUGUGACAUCACCUGUCCCGCUCACACAAGGUUACUCUCUGUGUCUGGGUCAAUCCUACUUCUUCCGUUUCAACCAUCCAGAAGAGGCCAGCCGUAUGAAGAGCAUGCUGCCCCAGAAGAGCCCUGUCUCUCCUCUGGCCUACAGCACAGACUAUCUGAAGUUCAGUAGUGACUACAGCCAUGGGAUGGUGGGAGGGGCCGGCAGUGCAAGAGGGAUGCGUUCUGCCUCAGAGCUCCGUGAUUUGAUGGACACCUUACAACGAAAGAAGAUCGCCCUGGAGACCAGCCUGAGAGCCAAUGGGGACUCUAGCCCCUCCUACUUCAGUAUGACACAGUCUCCACCCACCACGCCUGUGACCUCACCCACCUCGAUGUCGUCAGCCUAUCAAGAGCAGGCUAGGCGUUUCUAUGGCUCUGAUCGCCCACCCCUCUCAGUCAAAGCCGCGGUCCCUCCCUCCCCCUCUCGGCGCUCUGACCCCCCUUCCUCCCGAUCCUCCAUGACCCGGAACCAAUCCUACCAAUCACAAGACAGCCUGCUGGCCUCCCCUGGCGACGGGCGACGACAACUAAACCCAAACUCCUCCCCCCUGUUGUCGAUGUGGAACGGUGGAGGUUCCUCUAACUCAGUGGCCGGUGGUGAGAGCCUCUCCUCUCCUCCUCCACGUUCAUCCCUCUCUCCAACCAGUGGAGCAGCCAGCGUGCCCUCCAGCCCCCGCCUGGGACGUCGAAGUCACGGCAACCAUGAGCCGACACCUAGCAACCGAACCAGGAAGUACUCUGCAGGAUCGAUAGGCGGCAUGAUAGGAAUUCACAGCCUCUCUCUGCCCCGCCUCUGCCUGUCAUCGUCGCCACGUUCCCAUGAUAAUGGAGCCUUGGUGCUCUCUACCCUCCCCCCGACCUCGCGGCGCUCUGAACCUCUACGUAACUCUUCUCACAACAAUAGCCAAAACCACACCACAAACAGUAACUACAACCAUAACCAAACCACUAACUUUAACUACAGCCAGGCCCAAAACAUGAACCACAAGGGGAACCAAGGUGAGGGUGUGGUAUCCAUCUCCCUCUCCUCCCCAAAGUCUCCCACCCAGGCCCCUCCAGACGUGACUGUCCCGUUCCGAUCAGGGGGCUCCUCCAGUCCCCGCGUGGCCAAGAAACUCAGCCUCACCUCCACCAGCUCCACAUCCAGCCUCCAGGAGCCAGAGUGGCCAGCCAGCUGCGGAGUCCCCCCUGGACCAGAGCUUUUUUUCGGGGAGAGGGAGCACAGAGGUGGCAGCCUGGAGCCUGGUCUAGGGUUAGGGGAACGGAGACAGUCUUUUGGGAAGGGUGGGCUUGAACCAGGGUUCGGUCUGGGGGAGAGAAGACAGUCCUUUGGAAAGGGAGGGGUAGAACCUAGUUUGGGAUUAGGGGAACGGAGACAGUCUUUUGGGAAGGGAGGUUUAGAGCCAGGGUUAGGGGAACGAAGGCAGUCAUUUGGGAAGGGAGGAGUGGGGCUGGGGGCGGGGGUGACCCCACCGGGGGGGUUCAGGGCGAGGAGUGGCAGUAUCAGCUCCCUGAGUGGGAAGGAAGAACUGACUGACUACCACCAUCGCCAGAGAGAUGAGAGACUACGAGAACAGGAGGUGGAGAGACUGGAACGCCAGCGGCUGGAAACCAUUCUGUCUCUGUGUUCAGAGCUGGGUCGAUCGGAGCAGGACAGGGAGAGGACUGUUGGUUCUAGUGUCGAUACCGGUGCUGGUCUAGCCGACCUUCAGAUGAUCAACCGGGAACUAGAGAAACUCCAGGUCUCUGACGACGAUGAGUCAGAAUCCGUCUUCUCUGACUCAACUGUGAACGGAAAUGGGGCCGGUAGCGGCUCGGAGAACGGUUACUACGGUAACGACGAGGAGCGUCCAGUCCGACAGCGACGGAGCAGCGGCCACCGGGACCACAUGGCAGAAUCGCCAGCCAUCAUCCUACGAAGCUCCACCACCUCGCUCACCGCGCACCUGCCUAGGACUAAUCGGGCGCUGGUGGAGGAGGGCCAGCGGAGGCAGGAAGUGACUCGUGUGGAGGAGGAGAGGAUCCAGGUGCUGAACAACAUGGAGGAGCUGGAACAGAAGAUCAAAGAACUGGACAACCAGAUGGAUGAGUCUCUCAGAGAGGUGGAGGUGGAGCGUGCCCUGGUGGAGGCAGAGCAGCAGGCGGAGCUAGCGGCCUUGCAGCAGGAGAGAGAUGCUCUGGAGACACUCAACACCAAGAUGUCUGACAUGGAACAACAGGCACAGAACCAGAAGACUCCGGCGUGUGUGUCGCUGCAGGCUGAGAGGGCUAGGGUAGAGCAGCUGUCUCAGAAUGUGUGUGAGCUGCGCUCCCAGCUCCACUGCUGUCCUGAGGCCAUGAAGGAGCCCCUACAGGAGCAGCUCACCAGGAACUCCGAGGUGCUGGAAGCUGAGACGAAGCGUUUUGAGGACCUGGAGUUUCAGCAGCUGGAGAGAGAGAGUCGUCAUGAUGAGGAGAAGGAGGAAAGCACACAACAACUCCUCAGAGAGAUAGCUGACUACCAACGGAGCAUCGUCACACGCAAGGAGAGGCUGGUGGCGCUAAAUAAGCAGGCGGGACAGAUUACCCAGCAGGCUCAGCGAGAGAAGGACAGCUUCCUGAAGGAGCGGACCAACCUGCAGAUGAUGGUGCAGAGGGAGAAAGAUAAUCUUGCUUCUGUGGAAAAUAAGUAUGCUGACCUCACAGGUGGGCGGGGCUUCCCUCUCAGCCCUAUCAGUCUCAAGGAGGAUACGGUGUCGUUGGCUGACGUGUGUCAAUCUCCUAGUGGCCAGUCCCGUGACCACGCCUCUUCCUCUCUUUCUUCUCUUAUCCUUCCUGCUGACCUGCUGGUCCUAUCCUCCCUCCUUUCUUCUCUUUCCAUAAAGAGCGCUGAGGGCUAUGUAACAGUCAGUGAGAUCAAUGAAAUUUACUCCCAGCUGGGGGGGAACCUUAGUCGUGCCCCUGCCCCUGUUCUGGCCAAUCCCUCCCCUGAUUCUGAGCCUAGUCCCCCCACUGACGACAGCGCCCCAAAACCAGCGGAGGACGAGCUCUGUCGCUCCUCUCCUGUCGAUUGUCCUUCCUCCUUUUCCUCCCAUCCCCUAUUGCCCCGCCGCCCCCCUCUCACCAAAACCCCCUCGGUUCAUUGGCCGGAGGACAUGGUGACCUAUCGUGACCCCUCUCCCCUCCCUGACUCUCCUCCUCCUCCUCUGCCUGUCAAAAAACACAGCCACAACAGGCAGCACUUCCGUUCACUGGAGGAGAGAAAGAGGUUAGUGAAAGAAGGUGGGGCCCACCUGAGUGACACAUUACCCAGGAAGAAGACCACGUCCAUCGUCACCCCUCAGUUCAACUGUGCUACACUAGGACGCAGCAUGCCUAACAAGUCCCAUCAGCCCCUGGUCCAGAGUUCUAGCUGUGGCAGUAUUUUACCCCGGGCCAUGUCUGUCUCCUCCAAUAGAGACACAGAUAAACGGCGCCUGCACAAGGGUCAGCCGAGCUCUCGCGCCGCCUCCCAGUCCAACGUGUACCUGGACACCUACGGUCACUGUGAUAACGGCCAGGCAUACGACACCAUGAGCGUGGACAGCUCUGACUCAAUGGAGACCAGCAUCUCUGCCUGCUCCCCGGACAACGUCUCCUGUGCCAGUACGUCUAACGUGACCAAACUGGAGGAAAUGGAGCGUCUGCUGAGACAGGCUCAGGCAGAGAAGAAUCGCCUCAUAGAACACAAGGAGCAAGAGAUGGAGUCACGCAAACAGGCUCUGGAGGAGGAGAGGAGGAGGAGGGAGGAUCUGGAGAAACGACUGCAGGAGGAGACCAACAGACGACAGAAACUCAUCGACAGGGAGGUGAAACUACGGGAGAAACAGAGAGCACAGUCCCGUCCUCUGACUCGCUACCUGCCAGUUCGAAAGGAUGACUUUGACCUAAAAGCCCAUAUAGAGUCAGCGGGCCACAGUGCUGACACCUGUUUCCACCUGUCCCUCACGGAGAAGACAUGCCGAGGAUUCCUGGUCAAGAUGGGGGGAAAGAUCAAGACCUGGAAGAAACGCUGGUUCGUUUUUGACCGCAACCGACGAACGCUCUCCUACUUCUCAGACAAGCAUGAGGCCAAGCUGAAAGGGGUCAUCUACUUCCAAGCAAUAGAGGAAGUUUACUAUGACCACUUAAAGAACGCACACAAGAGUCCUAACCCGUGUCUGACGUUCAGUGUGAAGACUCAUGACAGGGUCUAUUACAUGGUGGCCCCCUCUCCUGAGGCCAUGAGGAUCUGGAUGGAUGUCAUUGUCACUGGGGCCGAGGGAUACACUCAGUUCAUGGUGUAGAAGGAGCGAUAUGGUCACGGCGGAGGGAUACACCCACUUUAUGGUGUAGGAGACUUGAUCUGUACACGUCGGAGGGAUACACUCAGUUCAUGGUGUAAAGAGGGGUGCUUCGGAGUGGAAGGAUACAGCCAGCGUGUGGUUACGACGACAGGACUAGCUCCUCUCUUUUCUCUGACACAGAUGGACUGUUGUUUUUAUUUCUGUAUUUUAUUAUUAUAGAAAUGUCCAAGGACGUGUUCUCCAACAGUGUGCCUUAACUCUCACAGUAGCUCCGCUGGGAUUGGCCAGUGUUUUUAUGCAUCAUUAGUAAACAAGCAAACAGAACGGUCAUUUCAAUUCCAGGUUGUGUAGGGUCAAAUGAUCAGGCGGCAAGUUACUGAUAUUUACUCAUCCCCAAAGACCUCAGGUCUCGUGUGUGUGUGUGUGUGUGUGUGUGUGUGUGUGUGUGUGUGUGUGUGUGUGUGUGUGUGUGUGUGUGUGUGUGUGUGUGUGUGUGUGUGUGUGUGUGUGUGUGUGUGUGUGUGUGUGUGUGUGUGUGUGUUUUUUUUUUUUUGCUACAUCGUGAUCACAUAACCCAGAGGUGCUAAUCUUUUUGUAUGAUAUCUUUUCUCAUGAGGCCAAUGUCCAUUGCGUCUUCUAGUGUAGCCAAGGUCAAGUCAUCUGUGGUAAAAUACAAUACCCAAGGUUGCUACUUGGGGAAUAGGUUGUCAUUGAGAUUCAGCCUUAUACAUGUCAGUGGUAGAAUAAAUACAGGAUCAUAUAGGUUAACCCUCACAGAUUAUAAUCAUGCUGGUCGAGCUUUCGCUGCGUAUUUUAUCGUUGACUAACCAGAUAGCUAUAUGGUAGCUGUGAGUUGUAUUUAUCAAAUGCCUUGUUUCAUGUUUAAUGGCCAGCAGCCUUGGCAUAUAGGCUUACUGUAUGUUAGUGCUCAGUCACGAUGCUUUUCCUUCCCACCAUCAUAUACAUCUAGUUGUUCCCUCUCAUCAGUAGAGGAUGACAGCUGAACAGUCUGAGGGACAGAGGAUGACCCCUAAACCAUCCCAACUCAACCCUACCACCUUCUGCAGUGAGUGUAGAACUGAAAGGACAGAUGGAAGCAAAUCCAAUCCAUUUUUGUCACUUGCUUCAUAAACAACAGGUGGAGACUAACAGUGAAAUGCUUACUUAAAUGACUCAAUUCCACCCUGCCCAUUAUUUCUGCUGUAUCCUUUCAGAUAUGAAGCAUCCGGGGUCGGGCUAGCCAGGCGUUUGAUUCAUUAUCGGGCAUUAAUGUGCUUUUUAACCAUUAUACAGUGGGGCAAAAAAGUAUUUAGUCAGCCACCAAUUGUGCAAGUUCUCCCACUUAAAAAGAUGAGAGGCCUGUAAUUUUCAUCAUAGGUACACUUCAACUAUGACAGACAAAAUGAGAAGAAAAAAAAUCCAGAAAAUCACAUUGUAGGAUUUUUUUAUGAAUUUAUUUGCAAGUUAUGGUGGAAAAUAAGUAUUUGGAAAUAACAAAAGUUUUUCUCAAUUCUUUGUUAUAUACCCUUUGUUGGCAAUGACAGAGGUCGAACGUUUUCUAUAAGUCUUCACAAGGUUUUCACACACUGUUGCUGGUAUUUUGGCCCAUUCCUCCAUGCAGAUCUCCUCUAGAGCAGUGAUGUUUUGGGGCUGUUGCUGGGCAACAUGGACUUUCAACUGCCUCCAAAGAUUUUCUAUGGGGUUGAGAUCUGGAGACUGACUAGGCCACUCCAGGACCUUGACAUGCUUCUUACGAAGCCACUCCUUUGUUGCCCGGGCGGUGUGUUUGGGAUCAUUGUCAUGCUGAAAGACCCAGCCACGUCUUCAUCUUCAAUGCCCUUGCUGAUGGAAGGAGGUUUUCACUCAAAAUCUCACGAUACAUGGCCCCAUUCAUUCUUUCCUUUACACGGAUCAGUCGUCCUGGUCCCUUUGCAGAAAAACAGCCCCAAAGCUUGAUGUUUCCACCCCCAUGCUUCACAGUAGGUAUGGUGUUCUUUGGAUGCAACUCAGCAUUCUUUGUCCUCCAAACAUGACGAGUUGAGUUUUUACCAAAAAGUUUUAUUAUGGUUUCAUCUGACCAUAUGACAUUCUCCAAUCUUCUUCUGGAUCAUCCUAAUAUCAUUGGUUCAUAAUCAAAUAUUAAAAUGUCAUACAAAGAACAGAAUACAAACAAAUGGAUAGCAUACGAUCAUAGAUUAAUUUGACUACACAAGUUUACAAACAAUAAUCACAAGAAUGGCUUAAGAUCUUGUGAUUUAUUGUGACUUUGCCAUUGUAAUUGUUUGUAAACUUGUGUAGUCAAAUGAAUCUAUGAUCGUAUGCUAUCCAUUUUGUUUAUGUUGUUCUUUGUAUGACAUUUUAAUAUUUGAUUAUUAACCAAUGAUAUUAGGCCACUCAGACACCUGUCCAUGAUUACAGACACCUGUGUCUUUUGACACUAUAUAAACAAGUCAUCCCGCAGUGUUUGUGAUUAUACCCUGAUGAAGACAGCUUGGCUGUUGGUAUUACAUUUUUGCAUCUGAGCUCCUAGAGUGUGCGGCUCUCUUUUAUUUUCAAGUUUCUAUUCCGCUAGCCAGCACCUCGUCUUAAUAGGUGUGCGUUUCUUUUUCUUCUAGAUCGUCUUUAAUACUGAUAACAAGUUCAAACAGGUGCCAUUAAUACAGGUAACGAGUGGAGGACAGAGGAGCCUCUUAUAAAAGUUACAGGUCUGUGAGAGCCAGACGUCUUGUUUGUAGGUGACCAAAUACUUAUUUUCCACCAUAAUUUGCAAAUAAAUGCAUAAAAAAUCCUACAAUGUGAUUUUCUGGAUUUUUUUUUCUCCCUAAUUUUGUCUGUCAUAGUUGAAGUGUACCUAUGAUGAAAAUUACAGGCCUCAUCUUUUUAAGUGGGAGAACUUGCACAAUUGGUGGCUGACUAAAUACUUUUUUGCCCUACUGUAUAUAUUUUUUAAAUGGCAGUUUUUUUUUAAUCAUGUAGCUAUAUCAUGCUGUAUUUAUGCUAUUGAUUAUCAAUGCAUGUAUCUUUAUUUCUGCAUACAGAAAAAGCAAGAACAUAUAUUAAAGUAAGAACAUAUUGUCA